AAAAAGAGGCGGAGUUAACAGUCUGCUGCAGACUAACGGACGGUCCGGUCUGUAGUUUUCUAUUUUCCGAGUUUACAAUGCUGGAAACUACACUUUCCCCAGCCAGCUGACAAUGGAUAAAACACAGUUAGUUGAACAGCUAAAGUGACGCAUCAUAAAUUUAACCGACAGGAUUCAACACUGCUAGGCCCCCUGUGCAACAGUUUCAACCAUGGUGCAGGAGUACCAGUCCCCCGUGCGGGUCUACAAGCAUCCGUUUGAGUUGAUCAUGGCGGCCUAUGUGAGGAGGUUCCCAAAGUCCCAUCUGAUCCCAGUGUUUGUAGACAGUGAGAUCGUCAGCGAGAACCAAAGCAAGGACGGAUCCACAACAGUAACAGAGAGGCGUUGUGUGAUCGACAUUGAGGCCCCACGGCUUCUCAAACGGAUGGCUGGUGUAGACUACCUGUACUUUAUCCAGAAGAACACUCUGAACCGCAGAGACAGGACUCUCCGCAUUGAGGUCCGAAAUGAGACUUUUUCCAGUAGAGUCAUUGUCAGUGAGUGCUGCAACUACACGGUUCAUCCAGAGAAUGAGGACUGGACGUGCUUUGAACAGACAGCUAGUCUGGAUAUUAAGUCCUUUUUUGGCUUUGAGAGCACAGCAGAGAAGAUAGCUAUGAAACAGUAUGCAAGCAGCAUCAAAAAGGGUAAAGAAAUUAUUGAGUACUACCUCAGAGAGUUGGAAGAAGAAGGAGUAACUUACAUACCUCGUUGGACCCCCGCUGUUGUCUCUGGCACUGCCAAGCUCCAGCUGCUGCCCCGCUCCACUGCCCGAGCCAUUCCGGUGAACAGUGCCAAGACUGGACUGGACUGUAAAGACCCGGCCUGUCCUGCAGAGCAAGUGGCUGGCUCUCCUGACGACAAGUUGGAUGCUGACUACAUCAGACGUUACCUAGGUGAUCUAACGCCUCUGCAGGAGAGCUGUCUCAUCCGACUGCGCCAGUGGCUCCAGGAAACCCACAAGGGCAAGAUUCCAAAGGAUCAACAUGUGCUGCGUUUCCUGAGGGCCAGAGAUUUCAAUCUGGACAAGGCCAGAGAGUUCUUGUGCCAGUCGCUUACCUGGAGGAAGCAACAUCAGGUAGAUUUCCUGUUAGACACAUGGGAGCGACCACAACUGCUCCAGGACUACUACACCGGAGGCUGGCACCACCAUGACAGAGAUGGCCGUCCUCUGUAUAUCUUGCGACUUGGACUAAUGGACACUAAGGGCUUGGUGCGAGCCUUAGGAGAGGAGGUGCUGCUGAGACAGGUGCUGUCCAUCAACGAGGAGGGACUGAGGCGUUGUGAAGAAAACACCAGAGUCUUUGGUCGACCCAUUAGCUGUUGGACUUGCCUGGUGGAUCUGGAGGGUUUAAACAUGCGGCACCUGUGGAGACCAGGUGUUAAGGCUCUGCUGAGGAUCAUCGAGGUGGUGGAAGCUAACUACCCCGAAACUCUGGGCCGCCUGCUCAUACUGAGGGCGCCAAGAGUUUUCCCAGUGCUGUGGACCCUGGUCAGCCCCCUGAUUGAUGAGAAUACCCGGAAGAAGUUUCUUGUUUAUGCUGGAAACGACUACCAGGAUCCUGGAGGACUGGUGGAUUAUAUUGACAGAGAAAUCAUCCCUGACUUCCUGGGAGGGGACUGCAUGUGUGAAAUCCCUGAGGGGGGUAUGGUCCCCAAAUCUCUGUACAGGACAGCAGAAGAGCUGGAGAGUGAAGAACACCGCCUGUUGACUGACUCCAUCUAUAAGAGUGCCAGUAUUUUCAAGGGAGCCCCAUACGAGAUGCUGAUCGAGAUCACCGAGGCCUCCUCUGUCAUCACCUGGGACUUUGACGUGUCUAAAGGAGACGUGAUCUUCAAAAUCUACCACUCCAAGAGGGCCCCCCAGCCCCCGAAGAAAGACUCCCUGGGAGCCCACGGCAUCACGUCCCUCGGAGCUGUUAAUGCCCAGCUGAUAGACAGGAGCUGGGUGCUGGGCCAGGACUACAGCAUGGUGGAGAAAGCCCUCACCUGCAGGGAGGGAGAGAGUGUACAGGGCUCCCACGUAACACGCUGGCCCGGCUUCUACAUCCUCCAGUGGCGUUUCCACAGCUCCCCAGCCUGCUCCGCCUCCAGCCUGCCUCGUGUGGAUGAUGUGCUGGCCUCGCUGCAGGUCUCCUCCCACAAAUGCAAGAUCAUGUACUACACCGAGGUGCUGGCCUCCCAUGACUUCAGGGGAUCCAUGACCAGUCUGGAGUCUAGUCAUAGUGGUUUCUCCCAGCUCAGUGCUGCCACCACUUCUUCUAGCCAAUCACACGCCAGCUCCACUGUCUCAAGGUAGCAUCUGCCCACCAGGUGUCAAAAACAGCAGUGACCUCAAAGGGACCGUUCAGCUCAAAUCAAAUACAUAUUUUUUCCUAAAUCUAAAUUGAUAAAUAGCACUACAGGUAACAGUAAAUAGUAAAUAUGAAUUUUUUGAUUUUGGGGUGAACUGUCUCUUUAAACCAACAUGGUCUCACAGGAAUCCGUGAAAUAGCCACAGAUUUCGCUUAACUCAAAAUCCGUGGAAUAGCCACGGAAUCACUCAAAUUUCCGUGAAACUGACACGGAUUUCGCUACAAUGCAAGUUAAUGACAGUCAUAUCCCGUGGCUAUUCCAACAUACAAAGUGAUUAUGUACAUUCACUGAGUGAAUAUUUAGAAAAUAAAACAUAUAUUUCUCACUAGAAAUGUGAUCAAAAUCCAUUUUUAUGCAGAAACUAAGUCAAAAUAUUGAUUUUUUUUUCCCACUAAUAUGUCCGAACUGUCCGCCGGGACCUUAAAAGUCACGUGACUUAGAACAAACCAAUAGGAAAAAAUAUCCAUGGAAUAGCCACGGGAUAUUAAACUUGCAUUGUAGCGAAAUCCGUGUCAGUUUCACGAAAAUUUGAGUGAUUCCGUGGCUAUAUUUUGAGUUAAGCGAAAUCCGUGGCUAUUUCACGGAUUCCUGUGAGACCAGGUUCCUUUAAACCUACUGGCAUCUUACUCUGACUUGUGCCUUAUGCCUCCAAACAAAGGGAGCCUCACACUCACUCUUAAAUGAGAAUUUAUAUCUAACAGUUGAAGGUGAGGAGAUUAUUAUGAAAUGUUUAAAAUAAAUACUUUCUUUUAUUACUAUUAUUUUAAUAGUUACAUUGAUCUCCGUUUCUAGGAAAUUAUGUAUUUAAAGUAUCACGUUACUGUGCUCAUAUACGAUGACUCACUUCUUUGUUGGUUUUUUAAUGACAGUAUUGUACAUGAUAACAAAAUUCAACGCACAGUGUAAAUGUCCAAUAUCUGACCUGAAGUUACAGUUGAUGUGUCCAUACAGCUGCUGGAUCAAUGAGAUGCCUCAUGAAACAGCAGUCUUACAUAAGAUGAACUGAGAGACUGAAAGCAUCUGAACGCAUCCAGCUUCUGAACCUGAAGUUGCUUAUUUUGUCCACAAGAUGUCAGUGUACUCUGUGACUAAACUGCUCUCAGAUCUGCAGUGUACUCGGCACAUAUGUUUCCACUCGCACACUUUGUCUCGUCUUCUAACAAAUCGAAAGAAGAAAUGUUUGAAUAAAGAAUUUAUCAAAAUGA